AUGCACUGGGGUUGUUUUUCUUGGUAUGGAACUGGCCCUCUCAUCGCGCUCAAUGGCUCUGCCACUGAUAAUGCAAGAUCACACACCUCCAAUGCCGCUAGCAAUUUCCUCAAAGAAAACAAAGUUCGAGUGUUGGAUUGGCCCGCUCAAAGCCCAAUCAAAAAUCUCUGGCAUGAGGUCAAAAAUGCUUUUCGACGCAAACCAAAUCCAAGUAAUCUCAUUGAUCUUGAACGUCUUGUUCAAGAAGCCUGGCGUGACAUAUCACCUGAGUUUUGCUGUCAAUUAGAGACAUAUUAUAGUGUAUAUAAAAUAAUUGAGUAUUGUUACAAUGUAAACACAAACGAGGUAUAUAUCAUAUCAUUAUCCCAACUACCAAUCGAAGAAGAGGAUCCUGAUUAUGUUCCUGGUGGGAUAGACGAAGAAGAAAGUAAUAUAGAUGCAAAUGGAGAAAUAUAUACAAAAUUUCCAGCAUCCCCUAUUGGAUGA